GAUGAAAUGAUGGUUGCAAUUUUUGAAUACAUUGACAGACUUUUCAAUAUAGUAAGACCAAGAUGACUUCUCUACAUGGCAAUAGAUGGAGUGGAACCACGUGCUAAAAUGAACCAGCAGCGUUCGAGGAGGUUCAGAGCAUCAAAGGAAGGAAUGGAAGCAGCAGUAGAGAAGCAGCGAGUCAGGGAAGAAAUACUGGCAAAAGGUGGCUUUCUUCCUCCAGAAGAAAUAAAAGAAAGAUUUGACAGCAACUGUAUUACACCAGGAACCGAGUUCAUGGACCAUCUUGCUAAAUGCCUUCGCUAUUACAUAGCUGAUCGUUUAAAUAAUGAUCCUGGGUGGAAAAUUUUGACAGUUAUUUUAUCUGAUGCUAGUGCUCCUGGUGAAGGAGAACAUAAAAUUAUAGAUUACAUUAGAAGACAA